AUGGCGAUCGUGUCACUCCAUCAAUACACUGGAUCCUGGAGCCAAGUUGCAGAGAGAUAUCUCGGACGUGCUGCUCUGGUCAAGACAGCACAGAGUCAUCUUCAUGACGGACAUCACCAAGAUCAGAGGUUUCGCCAGAUCAGAGUUCACGAGGAUGACUGGCCCCUGCAGCAGAUUUUAUGGACCAACUCAAGUGGGAAAAUAGUCAGGUAUCAACUGACAACAGUCACAUGCGGCACAAGAUCAGCUCCGUUUCUCGCAAAUCGUGUUCUUCUUCAGCUGGCUGAGGAUGAAGGACAUCGGUUCCCUUUGGCCGUCUCGCCCAUCGUGAAAAGAAGAUACGUUGACGACAUCUGUGGAGGUGCAGACACGCAUGACCAACUCGUUAGGACCGCUCAAGAAGUUCGUGAUCUCUGUGCUGCUGGAGGAAUGCCUCCGGCAAAAUGGCAUAGUAAUAGUCCAGCCUUACUCCAGUGGCUCGCUCCUGAUAGUGCCUCCAAUGACCAGCGAGUUUAUGAGGAUUCGGAGACCCGGAUUCUUGGUUUGUCGUGGCAGCCCAGCUCGGAUAACUUCGUCUUCUCAAGUCGAAACAGCGAUGAAUCGAAGGUCUCUAAGAGGAACAACCUCUCAGAGAUCGCUCAGAUAUAUGACCCGCUCAGAUUUCUAUUUCCUGUCGUGAUCAGAGGAAAAUUGCUCAUGCAGGAGACUUGGAUUCGUAAGCUCGGUUGGGAUGAGGAAGUCCCAGAACAAGUAGCUCAGCGUUGGAAAAGUUUUCGGAAUGAUCUCACUCUGCUCUCGAAGUUAUCUGUUCCAAGAUGGUUAGGCCUGCUCCAGAAUUCGUCGAUUGAAAUCCAUGGAUUCUCAGACGCUUCUGUUCUCGCGAUGACAGCCGUAGUCUAUCUCAAAGUCUUUAAUGGAGAUGAAUAG